GAAAAAUCAUGAACGAAGCUGGAAAAAAUGCGGAAAAACUUCCAGAAAUUCCUAUGGAAACUGGUGCAGAACCCGAACCUGCGCCCUCGCGAAAACUCAACACGUAUUGUUUGGAAAAUUUUGAAGAAGAAGAAGAAGACGGCACAAUGAUAGAAUCAAAUUACAUCCGGAGGCAAAAGCGAAAGCAAAUGGAAACGAAAAGGGAAAUUGCCAGGAUGCGAGCCGAUUUGCCUCAAUACACCUUGCACGAGAUCAGAAUGCACAAACUCCCAUUCCAUGUAGCCUUGAUGUUACAACUAGAAGAAACCGGCUACGAAAGCACCAAAGCUUACAUUGAGCAACUUUUCAUACUGAAUGAAGUUUUGAGAAACGACGCAGGACCUAUGAGCGUUUUAUGGACGAAGCCUUUGCUCAGAGACAGCGUUGAGGAGCUCAAACAUUUGAACGAUGCUUUGAUGAUUGCAGAGGAUUUCCAUAAAAAUGAUGAAUAUAGAAAAGAAGCUGAAACAAUCCUGACUCUGGCAGUAGACAUAGCCUUCAAAUUCGAAGGCUGGUAUUGGCUGGCCAAAGAAUUAAUCCUGCAGUGCAUAAGCAUUGCAAGCCUAAACAAAACAACCGGAAAACAUGAAGCCAUGGCACGAUUUAUUUAUGCUAAAAUACUCAUCAAAAAAGUUCACGACUACGACACUGCCGAAUUGCAUCUAAACUUGGUCAGAGAAAUGUCGAGCGGUAAAAGUUGGAACCUGAAAAAAAUCUUACCAAACACGGAAAGUUCUAAUACGCUUUUCAUGGAUGUCAAUAGGUUAUUACACGAGUGCUGUAUGAGAAAUGCCAAACUUAAUUUCAAAGUCAAUUGGAGCAGGGCUUUGGAGUAUGCUAUUUUGGCCAAGAAGCGUGCUAUUGAAGCAUGUUUUUACGAAGGUGAAACGAGAGCGUUUUAUCUCAAAGGCCAGUGCGAAUUGAAUUUGGGCGAUUUUAAAGAUGCUGUCAGCACUUUUAGUAAAGCCUAUCAUAUACAAAAGAGUCAGAAGUCGCCCAAAGGGGUUUGCGAAGCGUUGAUGGAACUAUCCAAGGCUUAUUUGAUGCUUGGUAGUACCGAACUGGCCCUGAAAACCCUAACCGAACUAAAAACCCUGGCCGAACAGCACGGCUUCCAAUUCUACCUCGCCCAAGCCUUCCGGUACUUGGGCGAGUACUACUUAAACUGCGGCCUGCCCCAAAAGGCUUCGCCUUUAUUGGGUGAUGCCUUGAAAAUGUUCCACGACACUGGACAUCCGGCCGAAGCUGACCAGGUACGAAACUUAGGCGCUUUGUCCUCAGGUUUAGAGCUGAUGCCCGUUUUUGUGCCUUUGCUUCAAAGGACCGAUAGGCGGUGUGAAGAUUGGUAUGAGAAUUUGCAAAAAGUUGUCAGGUGGAAGGAUUCUAGAGAGGCGUUUUGGACAAAUGAAGCUGAAUCUUUGGAAGUCGAUAAAAUUUCGGAAUUGGCUAGCAUUUUUCAAGAGUAAAGUCAAUCGACUGAAGAUUUAUAGAUUACAUAUUAUAUGUUUCUAAUGGCCGUUUCCACCAACUAUUUUAGGAUAAGUAUUGCCUAAAAUUACCUUUUUACAUGGAGAAAUAUCAGUUUAAGGAAUACUUAUCGUUAAGGAUCCCCUAAAAUAGUUGGUGGAAAUGGCCAUAAGUAUUUGAUUAUGUUUUUUAAAAACAAACAUACUUGUCUUGGAGUGUGCUAUUUUUAUUUUGAAAACAAAUAGGUUAAUCUCCUAUUGGUUAUCAGUCAAGUAGUGUAGUUUGAUGUACAUGUUACGUAUUGAUGAGGCAACUAUUUGAAACCUUAAUGCCAUUGAUAUGGCAUUGAAAAAAAUUACCUUGCACUUGAACUAAUAAAAUUU